AUGGUGGCCAGGGAGGGGGACAUCACACUGGGGGCCCUGUUUUCUCUCCACGAUGCCACACAGGAGCUGCAGCUCUCAUUCACCUCUCAGCCGGAACCUGUUCAGUGCACUGGGUUUAAUUUCCGGACCUUCCGGUGGAUGCAGACAAUGAUUUUUGCCAUGGAGCAGAUCAACAGAGAUGGCCGUCUCUUGCCCAACAUUACCCUGGGCUACAAAAUCUAUGACUCCUGCAGUAACCCCCUCUAUGCCCUUCGCACAGCGAUGGCACUGAUGAGUGGCAGAGAGGAGGGGAGUGGGAACACUGAGUGUCAAGGCAACAUUCCUCUUGUCAUUGGUGAUGGUGGAUCCACACUAUCAAUAGUGGUUGCAAAUUUUCUAGGUAUUUUCCAACUGCCACAGAUUAGCUAUUUCUCCAGCUGCGCGUGUUUAAGUAAUAAAAAAGCAUUCCCAGCAUUUCUGAGAACCAUGCCCAGUGAUUUCUUCCAGGUGAAUGCCCUAGCUCAGCUGGUGCAACACUUCGGCUGGACCUGGGUGGGAACGGUUGCCGGGGACGAUGCGUAUGGUCGCGGAGGCGCCCAAAUCUUUAAUGACAAGGUCACCGGAAUGGGUGCCUGCAUUGCCCUAUAUGAGAUCAUUCCCAAAAACCACGCUCCGGCAGAGAUAUCCAGGAUUGUGGAACGUAUCAGUGGAUCCAGCACACGAGUGGUGCUGGUGUUUGCUCUAGAACAGGACGCAAAUGCCCUUUUCUCUGAGGCUCUCAGACAAAACCUCACAGGAGUGCAAUGGCUGGGUAGCGAGGCUUGGAUCACGGCAGCGAUCCUCAACACGCCCCAGUUCCACAGCAUCCUCCAGGGUUCCAUGGGCUUUGCCAUCCGCAGAGCUACGAUUCCCAACCUGCAGUCUUUUCUGCUGCGUCUGCAUCCCUCCUCUUUUCCCGAUGAUCCCUUUGUUGUGCAGUUCUGGGAGGAGUUGUUUAAGUGCUCUUUUCACAGCGUAGCUGGUGGAGAGCUCUCGGACAGACGCCCCUGUAACGGCUCAGAGGAGCUGGCAAGUGUGAAGAGCCUGUACUCAGACGUGUCUCAGCUCAGGAUCUCCUACAAUGUCUACAAAGCAGUGUAUGCUGUUGCCCAUGCUCUGGACACUAUGCUGAGAUGUGUGCCAGAAAGAGACCCCCUCACAGGGGGGGCCUGCCCUGACAUACGCAACAUCAAGCCCCAGCAGCUCCUGUACUAUUUGAAGAAGGUGGACUUCACUAAUGAAUUUGGUGAGGAAACUAAGUUUGAUGAGAAUGGUGACCCGGCAGCCAUGUAUGACCUGAUCAACUGGCAACUCUUGGAGACUGGAGAGGUCCAGUAUGUCACUGUGGGCAGGUUUGAUGAAACCAAGAGUAUUAAAUUGGAGAUAGAGGAAAAACAGAUUAUCUGGAAUGGUAACCAGAGCCAAGUGCCGGUGUCUGUGUGCAGUAGCAGCUGCCCCCCUGGUACCAGGAAGGCAUUUAGACCCAGUUUCCCUGUCUGCUGUUUUGACUGCAUACUCUGUGCAGUUGGGGAGGUUAGCAAUCAGACAGAUGCCACAGAGUGUAUGACGUGCCCACCUGAGUUCUGGUCCAACCCGAAGAGGGACACCUGCAUCCCGAAGCUGGUGGAGUUCCUGUCCUACAGUGACACCAUGGGCAUCACGUUGCUAGCUAUGGCCCUGCUGGGUUCCUGUGCCACGCUCGCUGUGGCCCUCGUUUUCGCCUGUAAGCGCCACACACCCCUCGUCAGGGCCAGCAACUCAGAGCUCAGCUUCCUCAUCCUCAGCUCUCUGUGGCUGUGCUUCCUGUGUGCGCUGGCGUACAUCGGUCAGCCCACUCCGUGGUUGUGCCAGCUACGCCACACGGCCUUCGGCGUCGCUUUCUGCCUUUGCCUGUCGUGCAUCCUGGGAAAGACGAUGGUGGUCUUGAUGGCUUUUAAGGCCACUCUCCCAGGCAGCAAUGUCAUGAGCUGGUUCGGGCCUCUACAGCUGCGCACUUUGAUCUUCCUGUGCACGGCAGUGCAGGUGGUGAUUUGUGGCACAUGGCUGGGCCUGGCACCACCUCUGCCGCGUAGGCUGAUGAACCGUGAGUCAGCACGCAUCAUUCUGCUGUGUGACAUGGGCUCAACACUUGCCUUCUACCUAGUGCUGGGAUACAUCGGCUUAUUGGCAGGUGUCUGCUUUGUUAUGGCCUUCCUCGCCCGGAAGCUUCCGGACAAUUUCAAUGAGGCAAAAUUCAUCACAUUCAGUAUGCUGAUCUUUUGUGCUGUGUGGAUCACCUUUGUUCCAGCAUAUGUCAGCUCUCCAGGGAAGUACACAGUGGCAGUGGAGGUCUUUGCCAUCCUGGCCUCCAGUUAUGGCCUUCUGCUGUGUAUAUUUGCCCCAAAAUGUUACAUCAUUCUGCUUAGACCAGAGAAGAAUACAAAGAAACACCUCAUGCACAAAUAA